CCUGCACGUGGAGCCCAUCGGAGGACUCCGCUGGGCUGCGCUGCCUCCAGCUCCGCUUUGUGCAUUGGCUGAAGUUCCUUUAAGUAGCCUUUGGUAACCUUUGGGGGGAGCAGCUCCUUGCCGCUUGCACUGGGUGAGCGCUGUUGCAAUGUCAGCAGCCAAGCUAAGAUGGCUUUUAUGGUUGUCCGAUCCUUCCACAUAUAUGUUUCAAAUAUACAAGCGUGCAGACAAUUGCUAACUGGAAGCAGAGCCUUCCACCAUUUCUAUCAGAAAAUGACAGUCAGCUAUUUGGACCCUUCUAUAUUGGAAAAACGAAGAGGGUUCCCAUGCACUUCUCGUAGAAACUACCAUGUGAAACUAAAAAAUCAUACUAACCCUGUUGUGGAAACAGUGCAACAUCUUGGAGAGGCCAAUAACGAUUUAAAAUCUAAUAGCAAGACAGUAGGGGAACAGAUAAUUUUGAAGGAAUUGAACCAGUGGUCUUCAUACGACGAUAUUUUCAAAUUUGUGAGUUCGUUGGAAAGUUUAUCUGACACCAUGGUAGCAGCUAUCUUUCAGCGAUUGGGUGAAGUCCAGCUACAGGACAGCUUAAUGAAAAGUCCCGAGUUGCUGAUGGAAAAUGAUAUGUUCAAAUCACUUUGCUUGCAGUUGGAAAAAGAUUCCACACAUAUAUCUGACUCUGCUCUUGUAAAUUCUCUAAAUGCUUUGGCAAAGUUGCAUGUGGAUCCCUGCAGUUCCUUGAUGGUUUCCUUGGUGUCAGAGAGCCAGCAACGUCUUGAUAAGGGACAAAUGACUAUUAAAAAUUUGUGUAUUCUUGGAGAAGGUUUAUUUAAUCUUGGAGGACCAGAACAUGCUAUGCUGGAACAAAUUAUGAAUCAAAUUCAGAGUACAAAUGUUGAGGACUGGAAGAUUGAAGAAAUGAUCCUAGUUUACAGAACUCUGCAGCUGUAUGCAGAUAGGAAAACGAACAUGUUCCAGAACCUGUUAAGCAAAAUGAACAGUUUUGCAGAGACGGAAGGUUGCCAGUUCACUCCCAAACAGACAAGUACAGUGUUAAGUGCUCUGGUUGUUUUAGAUGAAACCCAGGUUAAUAACCUGAUCAUAAAACUUUGUAAGCAUGCAUCAUGUUAUAUCCCAUACUUUACAGAUGAUGAAAUGAUAAAUGUGCUGGAAGCAUUCAUUCAUUUCAGAUGCUCUGACCAGUGUUUCACAGAGGCCCUAGAAAGACAUGUUACUAAAUUUGGCUUUGUGAUGCAUCCCAACACAAUUUCCAAAAUCAUGCAGUACUGCAGUACGCUAUGCAUUCUUUCCAAACCCAUAUUCAACGCAGUGGCAGAAACCUUUGUCUACAGUGCUGAUAAUUUCACCGUUCCUCACAUUGUUGAGCAGGUUGUUCCAUUUGGGAAGCUCAACUAUUUGCCGCCAUCUGCUCCAUCUUUUUUCCGGCAGGUUGAAAGGUUCGUUAGCAUGCGAAUUUCUGAGUUUGAACCUCAUGAACUUCUGAACCUUCUUCAUUCCUGCAUUCUCAUUCAAUGCUACCCGCUAAAUUUUAUGGAAAAACUGUUCAGCCCCUUCUUUCUGCAGGAAUUGCAAGCUAAAAGUCCAAGACCGAAGAUUUUUUCUCAGUUGAGUCAGCUGAUUUUAACAAUUCAACUGGAGUGUCCAUACUAUAAGAAGCCCUGGCUUCCGCUAGACUACCAAGUCAAGUCCUUUUACACUAGAUGUCAGUCAUUAGAAUCCAAGGUUGAUCUUCAUCUUUUCAACAGAGUGAAGGCUGGCAUGAUUGACCUCUUAGGGAGCCAAAAAUAUUUUGUCUAUAAUGUUCUGACACCAUAUCACUACACAAUAGAUAUUGAGAUUAAGCUCAAUGAAGAAGGAUUUGUACUCCCAGUCAACGCACAUGAUGAGAUAUACGAAAGAAUAGCUCUCUGCAUUGAUGACGAAAAGAGAUUUUGUGCUAAUAGUCACAAUCUUCUUGGGAGAGAAUCCAUUAAGCAAAGGCAUCUGAAGCUCAUUGGCUAUGUCGUUGUACAGAUCCCAUUUUUUGAGUUUAACACACUGGACAACAAAAAUGAUGUAGUGGAAUACCUACACAAGAAAGUUUUUCCUAACUUUUAUAGCUUCCAUGAAAAUAAAGCUGAAGCCAAAUAAGUGCAUAUGAAGGCUAUUGUUGAUUUUGUGUUUGAGAAAUUAAGAUUUAAAUAAACCCUGUGUUUUAUCCAA